GGCACGCUUCGUUUCGGCUGUAAGCUUCGAUCAAUGCUGCCGCACCUGUGUGGUAGAGCGCUUACUCCGCUUGAUUUUUGCUGUGGGAGGGGCAAACAAGCCCCGUGUGGACAGAUAUGUUAGAUGCGAUUCGUUUAACACCAACACUACUUUGUGUCCACUGUCGGUAACUAUUGGCAAAUGGUCCGUCGCCAGCUGCCACAGUCGGUCGCAUUUUCUUAGCACGUCUUCUUUGUUGCCACUCACUCAACAAGUGUUGUAAUUGUGAUUUGUCUGCACGCUUGGCAAACAAACGCAAUCGAAAGAAUGCGUCUUAUUUUGCUCAAUCAUGUUCUGGUGAUUUGUUUUUUAUUUAUCACCUGCUCGAUUGGUGGAGCGCAAGUUGCAUUAACCGUCAUGGACUUGACUUUUGGAUAUCAAAGUUGUUUAACAUGGGAAGGCCAUCCGGGCGUUUGCCGAUUACCAAAGUUAUGUGCGCGAUCAAGCGAUAAUCAUCAUCUACCAGUACCGCACGGGUUCAGGGAAGUAGGCGGUCGUUAUAAUUGCGGUUCCGCGGAUGAUCGGCAUCCAAAAAAGAUAUGCUGCAAACAUUCGAACAUACCGCCAAUCGUGUUCCCUGAUAGUAUCGAAGCAAACCUUCUUGACAACCAAAUCCAAAAUGACACAGUGGCAAUGUCCAGGAUCUCUGGUGAAAACAAGUUUGUCAUUAGUCGUCAAUUAUGGCCUCCGGAAUCGACUGAUAUUGUCCAGCCCCGUUUACCUCGUAAAUGCGGCACGGUGCCUUUUGCUACUACUCGUGCUCGCAUAGCCGGUGGCGUAGUAGCACCCAAGGGUGCUUGGCCGUGGUUGGCACGCCUUGGGUACUACGACGGCACUGGGAUAGAGUACAAUUGCGGUGGGGCCCUCAUAACCAAACAUCACGUGUUAACUGCGGCUCAUUGCGUGUAUAACCGUCGGGACUUAAUAUUUGUACGGCUGGGUGAACAUGGAACAAGUGAAUAUGGCCCACAGGAUUACUACAUCGAGCGUGUAACCGUUCACGAACGCUUCGUCAAGAGUGGACGGGGACCCAGUUACGACAUUGCGAUAAUUCGUUUAUCAGAUUUUAUUCCAUUCACGAGUGAUAUCCAACCGAUUUGCUUACCAAUCGAUCGUCGUUGGCGUUCGCUGGAUUCCACUGAAAUUUUCCCCUACGUAGCUGGAUGGGGAUCUCCUUCUUACUAUGAACGAGCAUCUAGUGUAUUGAUGGAAGUCCAGCUUCCCGUUGUUCCACAGUCAAAAUGCGCCCAAGCUUAUCAAUCGCACAGGCAUUUGCGAAUAGACGAAACCGUUCUGUGUGCCGGAUAUGAAGAAGGGGGCAAAGACGCUUGUCGGGGAGAUUCAGGUGGCCCGUUGAUGUUUCAAGCUGGAGAAAGGUAUUAUGUGAUAGGCCUCGUCUCUUUCGGUGUGCGUUGCGCUACACCUGGAUUCCCGGGAGUUUAUUCUCGCGUUUCUGUAGCCAUUGAUUGGAUAUUAAAAAACAUUUCGUGAUGUGCUAAAUUUUCAUGCUUUAGUUAAUUCGAUGCGGUACCCGGAUGAAAGUGUUCAAGUCAAUACAAAAGUAAAAUUU